CAGUCCCUUUUUCAGGACGUGGAAAGUUGUUGUUCUCUUUCCAUAGGACUGAAUUCCACGAUGUUGAGAGGAGUCGCUCACGGUGCAAAAGAUAUAUUUACUCUACUGUUGAUGAGAUCUCAGUACUGUAACCCAGGACUGAAUUUUUCAUCUGUAUGGAUGGAAGUAGCAAACAGAAGCUUCCCAAUACAUUCCAAUUACACAACUGACACAAAAUCAAGAGAGGAAAAUAAAAAAACCAUUGAGAGUCUCCACACAUUGUCAGUCGACAUUAAGAAAAUACGCAGACUAAAGGAAUGGGUCCUUCUCCAGGAUGUGGCCUAUGUUAAAGAAAUUGCUGGUAUCUUACAAGAAAUGGGAGCGGACAAGACUGCUGUAGCCAACAUUUUAGAACGCUGCCCAGAGGCAAUUCUCCAUACCCCUGCAGAGAUAAACUCUCAAAGAGCUCUAUGGCAAUUAGUAUGUCAGAAUGAAAGCCAGUUGAUUAAAUUAAUAGAGCAAUUUCCAGAGUCUUUUUUCACUACUGAGUAUCAUGAGAACCAGAAGGCAAAUAUACUGUUUUUUCAAGAGUUGGGACUUAAGAAUAACAUAAUCACCAGGUUCUUGACAAGCGCACCCAAUAUUUUCUACAAUCCUGUUGAGAAAAACAAAAAUGUGAUAGAUACAUUACAAAGAAGUUAUUUAAGUUUAGGAGGUUCUGAUGCAAAUAUGAAGAUCUGGAUACUGAAGCUAUUGAGCCAAAAUCCAUUUAUUUUAUUAAAUACCUCCACUGCAAUCCAGGAGAACUUGGAAUUUCUCCAGAAGAAUGGUUUCACCGACCAUGAAGUACUACAGCUGCUGUCUAAACUUAAAGGUUUCAUUUUUCAACUUAGUCCUACUACUAUGCAGAAGAGUAUGCUUUUUUCCCAAAAUGUCUUUGAGUGCAGUAAUCAAGAAUUAAAACAGCUAGUGCUGAAAUGCCCAGCCCUUCUCUACUAUUCUGUUCCAGUUUUGGAAGAAAGACUUGAAGGACUACUGAAGGAAGGAAUUUCUGUAGCACAGAUUAGAGAGACGCCGAUGGUGCUGGAAUUGACAACGCAAAUUGUUCAGUACCGAAUUAAAAAACUCUCUGCUUUGGGAUACGAUAUAAAGACUGGAACUCUAGAAAGCUUGAACGGUACUAAGAAAGAUUUUGAAGUCAAUUACGGCAAGAUACAAUCAAAGAAGGAGAGACCAAUUUUUAAUCCUGUUGCUCCUGUCAACAUCGAAGAUUAA